CCCGUAAUUACUUGUACUUAUGAACCAGACGUUCGGCUCAUCCUUGACGCGACUCACCGGAGUGGAAAUUAGCUUUUCUGCUGCAUAUUGCUGACAAUCAUCCGGGUUAAUGAAAUCAUUAUUGCACCGGCGAAAGUGAAGUUCUUGAUGUCAGGACUGCAUCACUUCAUCCUUGUUGCGAUUCGGCAUGGCGCCGGACGAGGACACACACAGCCUGGAGGCGAAAUUUGUUGCUGCAGUUAAAGUGAUCCAGAGUUUUCCUGAAGAAGGUCCUUUUCAGCCAUCUGAUGACAUGAUGCUGAUGUUCGAUGGUUACUACAAGCAGGCCACUUUGGGGCCUUGCAACAUCUCGAGACCUAAUGGCUUCUGGGAUCCGAGUGGAAAGGCUAAAUGGGAUGCGUGGAGGUCUUUGGGAAAUAUGACAAAGAAGGAAGCCAUGGAGAAUUAUGUUGAGGACAUCCAGCGGAUUUUGGAGACCAUCCCAAUGUCUGACGAAGUGUCCGAUCUGGUAAAGAAGCUUGGCAACUUCUACGCAGAGUCAGACAGAGAAGGAGAAGAAGAAGAAGAGAAUGAGGUGGAUAGGAGACCCUUCACCAGGCCUUUUGCAAACAGUGCAGGUGGGCUGAUAAAACAGUUUGUCAAACCGACAAUGGAAGGCUACGGGGAUCUGUGGGACGAUAUUCAAAAUCUCGGAGGAGAUGAUAGCAGUGUCGUAAGCGGCGAGGAGGCAGAGGGAAGCAAUGGAAAUAGUGAAUUUGAGAGAAAAGUGGAAAGUUGUGAUUGGAGGAAAAGUGAGGAAGAGGAGAAUGGGGAUGAAGAAGACAACGCAUACGAUGAAGACAAGGAGGAGGAAGAGGAUGAGGAAAAAGAGUGGAGGCCUGACCCGAGGCUGCUGAUGGUGGAAAAGAGGAUGCGGUCUGAGACCUGGGGGUCCAGCAGCAGCAUGGAGCCCAGCAUGUACUCCUUCACCAACGGGACACACAGCUCCCUCAACAGCGAGGUGGAGGAGGAGGAGCUGGCUUUUUGCUUGGAGCCCAGUGUCCAGUGUAACUCCAAUAUGCACUUUAAUGGACACCUGAGUGGUCAAACUGAUGCUUUUCCUGAGGUGAAACAUCGUUCAGACUCCGACAAUGAGGAAUUCUGUGACUCAAUGGAUCAUCUGGCCGUGGAAGAGGGGCCAUCCUCAUCAAAGAUACAUUCACCUGGAUCAGGAGCUGCCUCGGUGAGGCAAAGGGAUCUUUGCUACGAGAGCAGUACUACCCUUAAGGGGCGAGAGGAUCAAGUACUCGUGGGAGCUUCUUACCUUAAAGAAGGGAUUAGUUCCAGCCAGCACAACAGCUCCGUGUCAAGAAGAGAGAGAGGUUCACAGUCGCCAAGGACCACCUGCAGCUCUCACCGGUGUACAAGUGUCGACCCCGCGCGCCGUGGCGUGUCUCAGAGCGGACAUCCAACCAGCUCUGCCAGAGGAGACGUCAAUGAGCAAAUAGCUACAGCUCUGCUGCGGCUGCAGCGGGACAUGGCGUCGGUGUUGCAGAGGCUGCACGCGCUGGAGGGGCUUUCGGUGUCACAGGGGAAACCACCCACCCAAGUUUCAACCACAUCAAGAUCCUCUUCGCCAAGGCCGGAAGACUCCCUACCUGUUGCAAAAAUGUUUCUGAGACCAUCUUGGUGGCCUUUUGACUUUUCUCCACUCACUGCCGUGCUGACUGCACUCUGGCCUCCAAUCGCCCAUUGGCUUGUGCAGCUUUAUUUACAGCGGAGGAGAAGAAAAAUCACCUGAAUCAUCCAUCAAACGUCAGCAUCAAUCAAAGAACAUGAAGCUGGGAUUGUUGCACUUUUGUUGCUUUGUGGCUUUCUCAAGCCCCUUCAGAGACAGAGUGUAAUGAGGCUCCAGUAGAGAUGGAGAGCCUCUUUAGAUAAAUGGUCAGAAAGGUGUGAAAGACUCUGCAAUGUAGUGUAGCAUUUUGACUUCAUAUACUUUUAAAGUGUUUAAAGAAACAUGUGCAUUAUAAAUGCUUGCAUAUUUUCUUUGUUAUAGUAUGCUUAGCAUUAUCUGGGGGUCUUAUUUAUGACAUGUAUCACAGCCCCCCAGGGAAUCAACAUACCCCAAGUUCUGUCAACUAUUUAUUGAAAUUAAUUUAUGAUUAAACAGUAGCCGUUAACCGUAAGUGAUUCCCCAUUGUUAUCACCGUUUAUAUUAUUUAAUGUACAUUUCAUUGUUUAUUUUGGUUUACAAAAUGCGUUACCAAUAUUUGUUUCUGACUACUAAGGACUUUUAUAUUUAUUGUUGGAAAUGUAGACAUAUUUUCUUUUGGACCAAAUAGAGAUGGGGACCAAUAUUAUAUUUAUAUCUCAAAGAAUGUUCUCACUUUAUGGCAAUAGUG